UAAAAAAAAUAAAAAAUGUAUAAAGAUAUAUAGUCAAAUGAGAGACAAAUUACAUUUAGCUCUCUACUUACGAACAAUCGAAUCCCAGAAGAAUCUUCGAAAGUCGACCUGCUAACAUUUGUACAUGUACAAUGAAUGUUAAAUAAGAAUAAUAAAACCAGCCAUCAAUUACAAAUUCUCCAUUAUUAAACAAACAUCGCUACUAUUCGAUUUCUUUAAAACGAAAAUGGUUAUUGAGAAUCACUCUGUUAAAGAAUCAUCCAUUGUUUGCCAAGGUGAUGAUAUAAAAAAAAUUGAAACAAUUUAUGGUGUUGAUGAUCCUCGAUUCAAAGUGGAGCAAUCGGCUUGGAAACGACCACUUAAAUGGUCCAAUAUAAUCAUCAUGUCCUUAUGGCAUAUUGCUGUCGUCAUUUCAUAUGUGCAUGUUUGUAUUAAUCCAGCACAUUUAAAAACGAUAUUGUUGGCAAUUAUCCUUGGCGCCAAUUCUGGAAUUGCGGCAGCGGUAGGAGCUCAUCGUCUUUUGGCUCAUCGAGCCUUCAAAGUUAGUUGGCCAUUGAAGUUAUGGAUUCUCAUAUUUCAAGCAAUCACAAUGAAUGGCAGUGCUCUUUCUUAUGCUCGUGAUCAUCGAACACAUCAUAAAUAUUCGGAUACCGAUGGCGACCCAAAGAAUCCAACUCGUGGUUUAUUUUAUUCUCAUAUUGGUUGGUGGUUAGUAAAGAAAACCGAAUCAGUCAAGCAAGCCGGUCAAAAACUAGAUUUUUCCGAUCUCUAUGAAGACAAAUUGGUCUUUUUGCAACACAAAUUUUAUAUUCCAAUCUUCAUCUUGUUUGGUAUGAUCAUUCCAACAGUUAUUCCGAUUAUUCUUUGGAAUGAAGAUCCUUGGUUAUCUUUUUCCAUCUGUGUCAUUCUUCGCACAUUCGUAGUGUUACAUCAUUUAUUCGCUGUUAAUUCUUUGGCUCAUCAUUUUGGAUACCGACCAUACGAUUUCCGUAUACGACCAACUGAUCAUCGUUUUGUCAAUUAUCUUACAUUAGGCGAAGGUCUACAUAAUUAUCAUCAUGUUUUCCCUUAUGAUUAUCGCAUCAAUGAUCGACCACAGUGGGAAAUGUUCAAUCCUACAACAUCAUUUAUUCGCUUAUGUGCUGCUAUUGGAUUGGCAUAUGAUUUGAAAACAGCUUCACCAACAGUGGUGAGAGAAAUUGUUUCUAAACGAGGCAUCGAAGCAUUAUAUGAUAAAACUAAAAGUCUAAGUUUCCGUAUCAUAAAUGCCAUAUUAGAUUGGAUUUUGGGAAUAGCCACAGCUUUAUGGAUUGUUUUUCCAGCCUUGCUUUUCAAACUUGCAACACAACGUCCAUUGUUUAUUUGAAUUUUACGAAUUAAAUGAAAUUUUUACAUUCAAUAUAAUUUGAUUUUGGAAUUUGAUUUUUUUUUGUUUUGUUUAUUUGAAUAUAAUAAUUUAAUCAAGUUGAAUAAUAGUGCAUAAUAAAAUUAGUUAAAUUCAUAUUA